UCGCCGGGGCCUUUCAGCCGCCUGCCCAUCGCCAGUCCCUCCAGCGGCGCUUCUCUGACGAACAGCCAUGUGGGCGUACUGGCUGCUUCUCUGCGCGGUCCUGCUCCUCGCCGGCUUCUUGGCUUGGUUCGGCACCCGGAGAAGCUCUCCGAAUCCUUUUCGGGUGGAUGCCCGGCGGACGCCUGCGCCUCUGGUGACGGAGAAAGAUGCGCGGAAAAAAGUCCUGAAGCAAGGCUUUUCCAGGGAGAAAGUUCCCAACAAUCUGGAUGCCAUUGUCAUUGGAAGCGGCUACGGGGGCCUGGCUGCAGCCGUGAUCCUUGCUAAAGCUGGGAAGCGCGUGCUGGUCCUGGAGCAGCAUGGGAAGGCAGGUGGCUGUUGCCAUACCUUCACUGAGAAGGGCUUUGAGUUUGACGUAGGGAUCCAUUACAUAGGACAGAUGCACGAGGAGUCUACGCAACGCAUGAUGAUCGACCAGCUCACGGACGGGCAGCUCCAGUGGGCCAAGAUGGACUCUCCCUUUGAUGUGGUCAUUCUGGGAGACCCUGACAACAGCAAGCGGUAUUACCUAUACAGCGGGGAGAAGGAAUACGUCAAAGGCCUAAAGAAACAGUUCCCUGGGGAAGACGCAAACAUUGACAGAUUUGUGGCUCUUGUAAAGAGUGUCGCCAAAGGGGCUGCCCACAUGGCUAUUUUGAAAAUGCUCCCGAUGCCCUUGGUCCAUUUUUUGUCCUGCAGCGGCCUGCUGGCCUUGAUCUCUACUUUCUUUAGGAUGGUAUCCAGAAAUGUUUCGGAAGUGGUCGCCGAGUUCACUACCAACCCUGACCUAAGAGCAGUGUUCAGUUAUAUCUUCCCUACCUACGGAGUGAUUCCUGCCAAGGCCUGCUUCCCUUUACAUGCAAUCCUUUUUGAUCACUUCUUGGAAGGAGGCUGGUAUCCUCAAGGAGGUGCCAGUGAAAUUGUAUUUCACUCCAUCCCUAUCAUCGAACGGGCUGGAGGGGCUGUCCUUACCAAGGCACCUGUAGAGAGCAUCUUGGUGAAUUCGCAAGGAAAAGCCUAUGGUGUAAGCGUGAAGAAAGGUCAGGACAUUGUUAACAUCUGUGCUCCGGUUGUGAUUUCUGAUGCGGGCAUCUUUAACACGUAUGAACGGCUCUUGCCAGCCAAAUUGCAAGAGUUGCCAGAGAUUCAGAACCAGCUGUCUAUGGUGCAGCAUGGCAUAACAGGAUUCAGUGUUUUCGUAGGACUGAAAGGAUCCAAGGAGGAAUUGGGACUAGAAGCCAAAAACUUCUACAUCUACCAGCACAAUGACUUCAAUGAAGCGUUCAUUUCUUACUUUAAUUGCUCACGAGAGACUGCUCCAAAGAACAUCCCUUUGAUUUAUGUUGGAUCUCCGUCAGCUAAGGACCCCACGUGGGAUCAGAGAUACCCAGGCAAGUCUGUUCUGAUCAUCCUGGCUGCUGCAAAAUAUGAAUGGUUUGAGGAAUGGAAGGAAGAAAAGGUCACUAAGAGAGGAGUGGAUUAUGAGAGUUUCAAAAAUAGCUUUGUGGAUAGUAUGAUGGAGAGCAUCUUCAAAUUUUACCCUCAAAUAAAAGAUAAGAUUGAGCACAUCUCUGCAGGAACGCCUCUCACCAAUCGCCACUACAUCGCCUCUCCCCGAGGAGAGAUGUACGGGGCAGAGCACAGCAUCUCUCGGCUCCAGGCAGAAGUCACAGCCACAAUAAGGCCUCAGACUCCAGUCCCAAACCUCUACCUGACAGGUCAGGAUGUUUUAGUAGGCGGCUUCCCAGGAGCUCUUCAUGGAGCCGUUGUCUGUGCGUCGGCAGUCUUGCAGCGCAACCUCUACAUCGACAUUUCAUGGCUGUGCAGAAAAAUCAAAGCCAGCGACGCCAAAAAGAAAAACUGAGCCUUCCGCCCUGGCUUCAUGUAGGGGGUCACGCUCCUCCUCUUUGCCGUAGAGAUGAUUCGAAAGCUGCCUGGGUCUUGGGUUCUUUGUUUCUCCAACAGAGGAUGCUGCCACGGUGAAACAACUCCAGCUCAGGGUCAUUGCUGUGGGGCGUGAUGUUUCAACUGUAACAUGUAGGCAUGUUGAGCGAUUGUGCUAGGUUUGUCUUGACAUUAAUGAGGACCACACCUUCGGAACCCACACAGAUCUGUUUUCAGCCUCUCCUUGGUACUAUGCCAGCACAAGUGGCAUCACGAUGGCGGCUUCCAUGCCAAGCACGGAUACAAGAGCUACCAUAAGCUAGUGCUAGUUUACCCGUAGUGUUCAGUGUCCAUUGGGUUCCUCCCAGGUGGGGUUCUUCUACCCAAGGCCACAGCUCAGUGGUUGAAAAUAUGCCUUAGGGCCGGGGUGUUGAAUCUCUUUCACCCUAAGGGCUGAAUUCAAUUUCAGAGAAACUCUCGGGUGGCGCAUGCCACUGGUGGGUGUGGCCAAAGUUAAAAGAGGUGGACCCAAAAUACCAAAAAAUACCAGCAUGUUGUAGCUUAGAGUGCUUCCUUCCAGGAGCAAAGCCUUAGAAGAGACAUCUCAACCUGCUAGAAUGGUUGAAAAGCUCACAAGAGCUGGGAAGUCGCCAAACGAU